GUUUGUUGUUUCUUUUCUUUAACGUCUUUGCCUGUGGAGUGGGGCCAAGUUCUGAUGUGAGUAUCCAGUAGGUUGAGAUUUCCUCCUCACUGAACUGGUGUUGCAGACGAUGAUGAGGCUGCCACGGUCAGAUCGGGUACAGAACAUGUUCCUCCUGCUGAUGUUGAGCUUGGGAAAGCAGCUUCAUCAGACAGCAGCUUUAUUCACAGUGAUGGUCUCCCAGGAACUAUACACAGUAGACUACGGCAGCAAUGUGACCCUGGAGUGUAAUUUUGACACUGAAGGUCAUGUGGAACUCAAGGACUUAAGGGCCAGUCUGCAGAAGGUGGAAAACAAUACAUCUUUGCACAGUGAAAGAGCCACUUUGCUGGAGGAGCAUCUGUCUCUGGGGAAGGCCUUAUUCCACAUCCCUCGGGUGCAAGUGAGUGAUGCAGGACAGUAUCGCUGCCUGAUCAUCUAUAGGGUCGCCGGGGACUACAAGUACCUGACUCUGAAAGUCAAAGCUUCCUACAAGAAAAUAAACACUCAUAUCCUUAAGAUCCCAGGGGUAGAUGAGGUACAGCUCACCUGCCAGGCUGAAGGUUAUCCCCUGGCAGAAGUGUCCUGGCCAAACGUCAGCGUCCCUGCCAACACCAGCCACACCAAGACCUCUGAAGGCCUCUACCGGGUCACCAGUGUUCUGCGACUAAAGCCACACCCCGGCAGAAAUGUGAGCUGUGUAUUCUGGAAUGCUAACGUGAAAGAACUUACUUCAGCCGUCAUAGACCCUUAUGGUGACCUAGAACCCAAGAUCCCUUCAAAUUGGCUGCUUCCUGUUUUCAUCCCUUCCUUCAUCAUUGCUUUGAUUUUCAUAGCUACGAUGACAGCCCUAAGGAAACAGCUCUUCCAAAAGCUUUAUUUUAGAAAGGACACAACCAAAAGAUCGGUCACCACAAUAAGGAGGGAAGUGAACAGAGCUAUUUGAACCUGUGUUUUCAGGAGCUGGGGUGACCGGAUGGGACAUCCUCGAGAAUGUUCUGGACUCUGAACAAGAAUCCUCUGGCCUGCAGAGCUCGUUGUUUGCCCUUGUCCAAUGCCUUUGUAGCUCCAGCACUGAAGAGGAGACCGCCAAGAGAGAGGGCAGCGCCUGGCCAUGCUGUGCUCAGAGCACGUCAGGCAGUCCGCCCUCCCCACGUCCAGGCACUCACCCUUGCAGCCUGUGACCCUAAGCAAGCACUACCGCACUUUAGAAAUUGACCGCCCCAGACCCGAGACCCCAGUGAGUGCUCUGCACUUCGUUCUUGCUGCCAGACUCAACACAAAGGGAGUUUCCCCCCUAAGUUUCCAAAGUGAUUUCCAGAAGCGGAGAUGAAUGGAAAUUUUCAGUUAUAGGAAAGGACGAAUUGCCAAUAGAGUUAUUUUCUCCACUGUUUCCUCUGGGUAUACUGGAAAAGCCUUUUGAGACCAUUAGAGUUUACACACAGUCAAGCCAUAAUUGACAAGUUAUGUGGCUUACUGGAAUCUUGACAUCUGAGUUGUUUAAUUAACAGAAAGCAUUUAAGUACACAGUGGGCGGCUACAAAUCGUGGAGAAAAGCCGUUGAGUAUUUUGUGAGGUCUGAAUCACAAAGCAUUUGUUUUAACCUGCAAUGGCACCAUGUUGGAUGAUUUUGUUUUAAAAUACAUCUUUAAAAAGUUCUGUUUUCUUAACCUCAGAAACCAAUGGCAUACAUUAGAAAAAUUUAGCACGCUAGUAUGCUGUACCUGCAAAGAUUUCAGAUGGGUAUCCAUAAUGGUCAAAGUCCCAAACUAGGGCUCCUUUCCCGGCCCUCUCUGUGACUUUAAACUUAACCUUUCACUUACUCGGUUCCAUGUCUGUGACACAGUGACACUCACUAGUCAAGGCCUUUGAUGGUUGGCACUUUAGAAACGCUGUGGAACCCCUUUCGUGCGUGUCCAGGGUAACUGCACGCAGCAACAGCAGGUUAACCAUGUGAAAGUUGGUCUGUGUACUGGGGCCAUGGAGUUCAGGGCACCUGCUGAUCUAUGAACUAUCCAAAUGUGUACAUUAUCUAGAGCCGAGUCUUAGGUUAGCAGCUUAUCUUUCUCAGUUUUGAAUCAUGAGGAUUUGAGCACAUGUUACAUCUUCUCCUUAGACUCUAAGCUCCUGAAGGGCAAGGAGGGAGGAGGGGUUUGUCAGUCCUGCGGCCU